AUGUCUUAUUCCAGAUUCCUGGAGUAUCUGGAUAAGGAUAGAGUGAAAAAGGUCGAUUUGUUCGAGAAUGGUACAAUUUCCAUCGUUGAGGCUUUCUCCCCCGAGCUAGGAAACCGUGCUCAGAAGGACUCUGGUAAUCUUUUGUUCAACCUAAUCGGGAACUUGGCCUUCCCGCUACUUUUAAUCGGGGGUCUUUUCCUCCUCUCAAGGAGGUCCUCCGGAGGAAUGGGAGGGCCCGGAGGGGCUGGUUUCGCUCUAGCUUUUGGUCAGUCGAAGGUUAAGUUCCAAAUGGAGCCGAACACUGGCUUCACUUUCGAUGACGUGGCUGGUGUUGAUGAGGCCAAACAAGAUUUCAUGGAGGUGGUUGAGUUCUUGAAGAAGCCCGAGAGGUUGGGGCUCGUAUCCCAAAAGGAGUUCUUCUCGUGGGCCCGCCCGGUACGGGGAAAACCUUGUUGUCCAAGGCAAUUGCCGGUGAGGCCGGGGUCCCCUUUUUCUCCAUCUCGGAGAGGGACGGGCAUUGGUGCAGGGAAUGACGAGAGGGAGCAAAUGCUAAACCAGCUCCUGACAGAAAUGGACGGGUUUGAAGGGAACACGGGCAUUAUCGUAAUUGCGGCUACUCACCGAGUUGAUAUUCUUGAUUCGGCUCUUUUGAGACCCGGGAGGUUUGAUAGGCAGGUAACUGUGGAUGUCCCUGAUAUUCGUGGAAGAACAGAGAUCCUGAAGGUUCAUGCAGGCAAUAAAAAGUUCGAUUCGGAUGUGUCGCUUGAAGUAAUAGCUAUGAGGACACUUGGUUUUAGCAGAGCAGAUCUUGCAAAUCUAUUGAAUGAGGCAGCUAUCCUUGCUGGCCGGUGUGGGAAGACAGCCAUUUCAUCUAAAGAAAUAGAUUACUCUAUUGAUAGGAUAGUUGCUGGGAUGGAAGGGACUGUCAUGACCGAUGGCAAGAGCAAGAGUCUCGUGGCGUACCAUGAAGUAGGUCACGCUAUCUGUGGGUAA